AUGUUGAAACUAACAAAUGACAGUGGGCCUCUGGCCCAGAUAUGGCUGGCAUCAAAUAUGACAAAUAUUCCUAGAGGAUCUGUUCUUCAGACUAGUAUUGCCGAUUCGGCAAAGGAGAUUGCAGAAGUAUCUGGUUGCGAUAAUCCUGAGAAUACCAUAGAUACACAGGGAAAUAAAUAUGUUACAUUACGUACGUCAGGUGAACUGUUACAAGGUAUUGUCCAGGUAUAUACCAAACAAGCUGGCUUCUUACUUGGAGAUAUAAAGGAUAUAUUAACGAAGAUUAGUUCUUUAUUUAAAAUGAGUUCUAGAGUAGGAAUCACUAUCAAUAAAUCGAAUACCAUCACAAGGAUAGAAACAAUCAUUCUGGAGGAUACUGUUACAGAAAACGAAGUUUUGCUUACACCAAGCUUAGAUUUUUUAUUUGAAUCAAGUUUAUCUGCGACAGAAGGAAAUGGUAAUAAUAGGAGAUAUAUACAAGGUGUGGCUACCAGUACGGCAGCUGCUUGGGAUACAUCUGUAGAAGUUGGUAGACAAUACGAUUUAAACAAUAAUGAAUAUAGUAGCAAUAACUCAAUUCUAGAUUUGAAUUUUGAUAUAAAUGAUGGUCCAUUAGCCAUCGGAGAUGAGGGUACUAGAACCACAAGCACAGGCGAAAUGUCUUCAAUGGGUACCAGCCAUGUGCUUCCUAAUAAUGACGAUAAUUUACCAAUCGAUGACGAUUUCGCAAAUAACUGGAACUUUGGUAUUGACGGUGAAAAUCUGAAGGAUUCCUCUAUUGAAGUUGGUAGGAGAGCUGAAAGUUCGGUCCUGGAAGAAGAACAUACAGAGUUUGGAUUUGAUCUUGGUCUAGAUAAAGAGCCCAUGGAAGCUGGAGAUGAUGAAGAAGAUCUUGAAAUACAACCUGUUACAUUUACUCAAUCACGUGUAAUGAGGUCACAAAACCUGAACCCGGCUCUAACCAAUACAGCAAGAAUCAUAGUAGACGAUGAACGUGCACUAUCCAAAAAGGAAUUAUAUAUCAUCACUACCAAUACGGAACUAACACAAAACCAUAACAACCGAACUACAAGUAACCAUUUGACCAAAAAGAGGACGUGGACUGAAGUCGAUCUAGAUGUAUCAUAUCUAGCUUCAGGUAUUGUAGAUAAUUUGUUGUCCUACAGAAACAUUAAGAAACCAAGAAUAGAAAAUGAGGAGAAUAUAACGGAGGAAAUCCACCCUCUUGAUUUACAAGAAGAAUCUUUUAAUAACUUCGAAAUGAUUAAUGACAACUUUGAAAAUAUGGAUGAUAAUAUGUCGGCAGAACAUGACGAACUCAUCUCUAAGAGUGUACCAUACGACAACCAAGAGAUCCUGAAAGAUAACGCCAAUACACGUAUUCUUGAUGACCUUUCACAAUCAGCAGAAAAUAGUUAUAUUUUACAGUCAAAUGAUCCGGUAAAGCUAACCUCAGGCGAGAUAGCAACCAAAAAUACAAUCAGCUUGGCAAAUACAUUACGUAACGAAUUUACAGAUUCUGAGGUAACUUUUUCUACCAUUUUAACGAAACAGCAAGAAGUAGCAAACAAAGGAAAUUCACGUGAUUCUGUAAUUCCAAAUAGAAAAGAUGCUACUAAAUGCUUCUUUGACAUGCUGAUGCUGGCUUCAGAAGACUGUAUCACCCUUCAGCAGUCAGAAUCGUUCGGGGACAUUUCAUUGACCUUGAAAGAUUCGCUAUACUACAAAUUCAUCCUUGCAUAA